CGUCGUUGCGCCUGACGUAACGCACACAGCAGAGGCGUCGGAGCUCGGCCGCCGUCAGCAGCAGCUCCGGGCUCCCGGGAGAAGAACCAUGGCUCAGCGGAGGCCGUUCACCGUGGGUGGGUCCCGGUCCAGCCACCGGCUGACUGACAGAGGUGCCGCCCAAUCAAAGGUGAAAGCUUCCCUGACGUCACGAACGCGUCUGACGUCAGUGUUGUGCGCAGGCGGGGUCCGGGUGGCCCGAUGGCGCUUUUCCCCGCGGCUCUGAGCGAGGAGGAGGAGGCGCUGCAGAGAAAGUACAGCAAGCUGAAGAAAAAGAAGAAGGCUCUGCUGGCCUUGAAGAAGCAGAGUUCAGGUGCCCAGACCAGCCAGGGUGGCAUCAAGCGAUCGCUGUCGGAUCAGCCCCUGAUUGACACGGCCACGGCCACCGAGCAGGCAAAGAUGCUGGUGAAGUCGGGAGCAAUCAGUGCCAUCAAAGCGGAGAACAAGAACUCGGGCUUCAAGCGCUCGCGAACUUUGGAAGGAAAGCUGAAGGAUCCGGAGAAGGGGCCGACCCCAUCCUUCCAGCCCUUCCAGCGCAGCGUUUCCGCUGAUGAUGACAACCUGGAGGUCUCCAAGCGGCCACAGCGCAAGCCUCUCUACGAAAGCUUUGUCAGCUCCAGUGACCGGCUCAGAGACACUGACAAAGAUCGGGACGAUGAGCGAGAUUCUGGCAAGGAGCUGGAGCGCGAGAGCUUCAGAGACGUGGAGCGAGACGUCGAGCGUGGAAGAGACCGUGACAGAGGCCGGGACCGGGACAGAGACCGCGACCGGGAUCGCGAUCGGGACAGAGACCGGGAUCGAGAUCGGGACAGAGACCGGGAUCGCGACAGAGACCGGGACAGAGACCGAGGAAGGGACAGGGACCGAGACCGGGAUCGAGACAGGGAUCGCGACGGCCCCUACAGAAGGUCUGACUCGUUCCGGGCUCCCCGCAAGGGCAACACCAUCUACGUGCACGGAGUGGGGAUGACUGAGCAGAUGCUGAGGGAUUCCUUCUCCCACUUCGGCACCAUCGUCAACCUGACCAUGGACAGCCCCAGGAACUGCGCAUUUGUAACCUUCGAGACGAUGGAGUCUGCCGACCAGGCUAUUGCUGAGUUGAACAGCAGCAUGGUGGGUGCCGUCUACCUGAAGGUGAUGAUCGCUCGCAAGCAGCUGAUGCUGGAAACAGCCACGGGCAAGUCGGUCUGGGGGAGCCUGGCGGUCCAGAACAGUGCCAAGGGCUCACACCGGGACAAGCGGAGCCAGGUGGUCUACAACGAGGACUACCUGGGCUAAGGCAGGCUCGGAGCAGAGACGCAACAGGCCAUCGGCUGGCAAGAGAAGUGACCCGGUGCGCGGGUGCCCCAUCAGAAGCAUCCGCGAACCGGACAGGCCUUGCCCUCCUAACGCUGCUGCAGUGCUAGCUGUUCCAUCUCCCCGUUACCCCCACCCCUGCUGCUGCCCACCCUCUUGUGUUUCCCAUUUGCCCCUCUCCCCUGCUCCACCCGUUCUCCCUGAUGUACCCCGUUCAGUCCGCCAUCCCGACGCUCCCUCCCUGAGCCCCAGAUCCCAGCCUCGGAUCCCUGUGCCGACCCCAUACACCCGUCGCUUCGGCCUGCCCACCUCUUUCUCCCGCCCCAUCCUGAACACCUGCCGUGGUCCAGAGUGAUUCCGGAGCCCCUGUCCUGUGGGGAAGGUUUCCCUGCCCUGGGAAUUUCCCUCAAACCGAGCAUGACAGCUCACAGGUUGAACGUGUGCCGGUGUGCAGCCCUUGGCAGACCCACUGCUCCUGGUGGGCCAGCCCUUGUGCCCCUGUUUCCCGGAGCCAAGGUUCUCUCUACAUCUGCCUUUAGGUCGCCUUAAGCACCCCAGGGCUGACACUCUGUCCGCAGAGUGUGUGGAGGGUGCAUCCUGCCCCUCCACAUCCCCACCACCCGCCACUGCUUCCCCCUCUCCUCCACGUGCCUUCCCAGCUUCUCUAUAAAGUCCGUGCUGCCCGCCCCUCCUGUGCCCAGUGUUAGCUCCUCGGUCCACUCUGGGCGGAGCCCACCUCCCAUUCCCACUGGACUCCCCUCACAUCGUCCCUCGCAGACACACCCGGUGUUACCGAGCUCCAGUGAAGUGGGGGGGUGGGGGUGACCUCCCCUGUCUCUGCUGUCCCCAGCCUCUCCGUUGCUUCCCCACCCUCUCCUCCCAAAGGCUGUCCUCAUAAUCGACCCCACUGUCCACCCUACCCAUCGUCCCGGAGCCCCAGCACUGAGCACCGAGGGCAGGGCUGGGAGGGUCGGUGUUACCCCCUCCUCAGUGGGACCCCACACCCUACUCCGUCCCUGUGCCCACCGGGGGUUGGGGGUGUAGGAGGUGUGGUUGUGGGUCGGUGAAGGGGGUGCUGGGGACCACUGUGCAGGAGCAGGUAUGGGGAAGGUCUCUGCACCUACAGAGUUGGGGUUGUGGGGUUCGGGGAGGGGGGGGUGGGACUUGGUUCUGAAGCUGCAGCGAGCUUCACCGCUGUUCUGCUGGUUCCUCUGUCAUGCGGGUGGGGGGGGGGGGGGGUGGCCGAAGGGGCAGAGGUGGGGUCCCAAGCUCUAGUUCAGCAUGUGCAGGCAUGGCACUAGCCUGCUCCCCCUCCUCCUGGCCUGUCUCCUCUGCACUGGUGAUAGUGAUAGUGUCCCCUGUCCUGCACCCCUCUGCACUGGUGGCAGUGACCCCUUGCCCAUCUGCACCCCUCUGCACUGCUGACAGGGUCCCCUCCCCUCCCUGCCCCCCAUCGUCCGCACCCCUCUCUGCACUGGUGAUGGAGCCUGGUCUGGUCCCCAGCAACACGUCACAGGCAAUGGUUGCAAACCGUCAACAUGUCACAGACAACUGUCAGAACUGGGACCUGCUGGUUUCCCCUCCCACCCCAGGACACCUGACUGUAAAUAAUGUGUUUUGUUUUAAAUAAAUUAACUGUUGAGACAA